UCCUGAGGCUUGAGCCGGGCUGGUGUGAGCAGCCGCCCCUUGCUGUCCGUGACGUCCUGCCUAGACGUUUUGAGCCUCCACACUUCCUGACAUGGGCUUAUUUUAUCAUAGGUGUUCCGUGUCUUUCUUGGCUGCUUGCAGGUUUCACUGGAAACACCACCCUCAGCGAUGCCAAUCUGACGUGGUAGAGAAAAGCAAGAGCAGGAGGAGCACAAGGAUGGGGCUGGAGCGGUCCUUGCCCCUCGUGGGGCUCCUGCUGUGUGUGGCUGGCACUGCAGCUCAGCAGGAUGAUAUUGAAGCACAGGGGGAAUUCCUGGUGGAGAUUUCUGGAACCACGGUGACUAUCACAUGUCCCUUGACUGAAGUCAGAAUGUCCUGGGAGUUAUUCGGGACACCAGCACCCAGCCACGAGAGAAAGUAUGUUAUAGAGAAUCACGACAGCUCUCCCGGCUACGUGAGCUGUUCGGCAGGUGAAAAGAAGUAUGAAAUGUACCUGAAUGUCAGAGUAUGCGCAAACUGUGAGGAGCUGGAUGCCUUGGCAGUGACAGGGAUCAUCACUGCGGAUCUUCUCAUCACCUUCGGGGUUCUGAUUCUCGUCUAUUACUUCAGCAAAAACAGGAAGGGGAGAGCGAGUGCUGGCGCUGGCAGUCGGCCACGAGGUCAGAAGACGCAGCGUCCUCCCCCUGUUCCAAACCCGGACUAUGAGCCCAUCCGGAAAGGCCAGCGAGAAGUGUAUGCAGGCCUGGAAUCCAGGGGCUUCUGAAAUUCCCAUGGAUUUCAGGUUGGAAAACAGCAGCACUUCUGCCCAGCUGGGUACUGCUCCUCUGCAGGCUUGCUGAGACCCCGUGGGUCUGGGGUAAGCCAGGCAGCUACACGGGACAGGCACCCUGCUGCCAUCCGCUGUCCCACCCUGAUGUGCGCCUUCAGCCUUCGGUUUGAUAUUAGAGAAAAGAAACGAACAAGCACAUUGGCAAGAGAAGUUUUCCUUCUCAUUAAAGGACUGCAGCCUCA